AGGUGUCAGAAACUGAAGCAAAGAUACUGAUUUGGCUUAACUCUUUACACUGGGAUGGCAUAAUAUGCUUGAUUGGAUUCCUUUUAUUUUAGUUUCUUAAUUGUGUUUACACAGAGAUGGCUCCACAAGUGCUUAGUCAUCAAGGAGUUAAUUAUUAGUCCUACAUACCUCGCCUGUUUUCAAUUUUUUGUUUUUUUAUUGCAAUUGUAGAUUAGAUAAUAUUAUAGUAAUUAUAAUGUCAAUAAUGAUAAUAAGAAUAAAAAUAAUGGUAUUGAUAUUGAUAGUAUUAGAAAAGGAAACAUUUUUCCCAGGCAAGAUUUACUCUCUGGACAUUUUGCCUAAAUUCUGAUUUACCCAAACUUCAGUCAGCUCAAGUUUUUAAGGAGUUUUGCCAAAUGAUCAAGGUCAUCUGGCCCAACCUGCAAAAACAAAUCACCUAAAUUUUAUUGUGUAUCUAUAGUACUGUUACUUGCCAUUACUUCUUAUACACUACAUUGAUUUUUAUAUAUUUGUUUCUCAAGUUUUAUUUCAGGGUUACAGUUCUGCUAGAGAAUAUGAGUUUAUUAUAGAUAGUGGAAGGGGAAUAUUGUAAGCAAAUAUUUCACUAAAAUGCACCUACAAUUGGAGAUUAAUCUGUAUAGGGUUCAUGUUGAACAAAUUGUCAAGCUUUGACUCUCCUGUUAUACAGUAUAUCCUUAUUUUGUAUCAGUGGCACUUAAAAGAAUAUUGUCUUUGAUUUAUUUUUAGAUUUUCAUUUUCAUUCAGCCCAUUCAGAAAUAGAAUCUAUAAACAUUAUUAUUCUAACUUAUAUUUCUGAACUGAAGAUGGCAGUGCAUUUUACAGUGAAUUGUAAUCAAAUGACUGUAUAAUCGUGGAUGAUAUAUUUGUUGAAAUAACGUUCGACCAAAUUUUAGUAAGAAGAAAUGCAAUGGUAGUACAAAAUAUCAUGAAGAGGUAGAAUGAAUUUGCCAGCCAAGCGCCGCGGCCUUUCACCCGAGGGACGUCAGAUCAGAGAGCGACAUCAGGGAUCACUCACAAUUGGGCUGCAGGGCAUCACCGUGCAUCCAACGGAACUCAGUCGGAACCAACGUGAUUUCUUACAAGACAAUGUAAGAAGGCUGCAUGAGAUACAAGCUAGGUGUAGGGAUAGAGAAAAUAGCAGGAAACCACAGCCUCUAAGGGCGACACGAGAGAGCUCAGCAAGUACUACUUCUUCACUAAAACAGUUGGACUGCUUAGCCCCAAUCCGCAAUGGUUCAGCAAAGCUUGGAAGACGAAGCCCAAGUUCAGAGUGUGAGGGAAGUGCGCACUCAGACUACUUCUCACUAACCGAUGACCAGAUUGAGACUGCGGCAGCACAGCUCAGUGCCCGUCUCCACAACGGGGUGCAUCUACCAGACCAGAGUGAGAAAGGAGAUGGGAGACAUAUGCAGGAAAAUGGUUUUGGGCAUCAGAGCAGAAGUUCAAGUGCCCUGUCCCAGUCGCUUCCAAUGCCCACCAACAAUUCACUACUGAGGGAUGCCCCACCAAGACUGGCAAGGUCAGGGAGUCCUGUGAUGCUGAGGCCCAUCUCAUCAUCUCGACAUGCCCCUGUUUCCCCACGCCCUGUCAGUGCAGCCCAUCGCCAAAAUUCUGGGGCUGGGUUGGAACUCCUCUCGGGAUGCGAGUUGAACCAUGGAAUGAGGAGGGGGCGGAUGGAUAGUUUGCUCUCAAAGAUAAGGAACCAAAAGCCAGCAUGUGAGUUGGACUACAAUACACAUUAUAGAAAUAUAGAAAAUCAGCACAAAUUAUUACUCGAUAACUCAGACAUGCUUAGUCUUUAUGGCUAUGGUGAGGGAAGUAAUGGCACAGACACACAAAGAUCUGCAACAAGAACAGCCUUGAACACUGCAGGAAGUGGUUCCAAAACAUCAAAAUUGGUUCGUGCUCGUAGUUUUGAUAGAGAUGCCCUUUCCAGGAAAAGUGCAGUAGGGGGACAAAGAGAAAAGUCAGCAAAAUCUUCCACAAAGUCAGAUCAAAGAGCAAUCAGCUCACCAUCUCCACAACUGAAGAAACAUUUCUCAAAAUCCAUUGGUAAUCUGUCCCAUGCUGCCCCAUCCUCAGCUUCAGGGCAGAGUAGUCAGAGUCGUAGUGGCAGUCCAAGCAAAAUGAGAAGUGAAUCUGCUAAUUACAGUGUCAGGCAGUCAGAACAGUCUCAACCAAGCCGUGUUUUGUCAAGUGUUCAAAGCAUUCAGCGAAGUAAGAGCAACUUAGAGUCACCUAGAACAUUUGAAGCUUCCACUGAUGGUGCAAGUGAGGUGCCACCAUUAGAUAAUAGUUCAGACCUUGUUAGCCAGUACAUAGAAAAUGAAUCAAGAAUUAAGUCUGCAGCCACAAGUGCAAUACUCAACAGAACAGCUUCAAGUGGUGAUCUGAACCUCAAUUCAACCCUGACAUCAGAUUGUAACUUCAACAUCAGUGAAGCAGAUCAGUCUGUGUCUUGCAAUUCUGCAAUGGAGAAUCUCCACCUAGACUUACGACCUGAUAGCCAAGUCGGUGGUGAUAUGAGGAUACAAAACAACAACCCAAGUAGUCAGAUGGAAGAGUCUACCUAUGAAUACCAUCCAGAGGUCUAUAUGAAGCCUUACAAUGACAUAGUUGAGCAUGAACAUAUGAGUGAAGCUGUGUUUCCACAGGAGGAAGCCAAAUCUUCCACGCCAGUGCCAAAUGAGCCCCAAGAUUUGCCUAGUGUUAGUUCUAUACCGAAGCUUCUGAAGCAGAAAAGAGAGCAGCAUGGUCAGCCAUCAACUCCAUCAACUCUACGAAGAUCUCAGUCCAUGAAGAACAUUCGCCAGCGCCAGGGAGAGCCUCCCUCAAGUUACAAGAGAGGGAAAUUGCCCAAAUAUCUCUUAGCCCGGAAAGAGGAGGAGAAGAGGUUAGCAGAGAUUGCCCGGUCGGUCGACCCUGAGUGUCCGCCUGGCCAUGCUCCACUUCCUGACCACGAGCGGCGCAACACCCUCCAUCUCCUACGCAAGAGUCAAGCAGAGGCAAUGCGAGAGCUCUCCUCCUUGCCUGUGGCCCAAGACACACUUAGGGUGAAGAAAAGGAGACAAGAUCUAGAGGAUAAACUUAUGCAGAUUGAAGAUGGGCUGCGCAUCUUUUCACAGCCGAAAGUGUAUGUUAUGAAUGAUGAUUGAGAAGAGGAGAAAAGGGUGUGUGUAUUAUAAUAACAUCAAUGAGUUUGUUUUAGCCAAGAAGCAUAGAGUGGGUAUCAACUGAGUAAAAGUGUGCAAGCUUAGGAGUAAUGUUUUCCCGCCAAGCUGUGUCUUUUGAUUCACACAAUUCAGGUACAUUAAGUGUCUUGGUAAUAAUCUGUCUGGAUAUUUUGAAUGCAGGAUUUGUAAUGUGUCCAUCAUCCUUUUUAUUAAUAUAUCAUCAUUAAUGUAGCAUCAUCCACCUCUUUUAUUUAUACAUAAUCAGCAAUUAUGAUUUAAUCAUGAGGAUAAGGUAGUGAUCUGUUCUAUUCAGUUAUUGCGUGAGCAGUAUUAAAAAGGAUAUUUGAAUGACUAAUAAGAAAAUUGUAUGAAAGUUUUCUAUUGAUCCUGUCCUUUUUAAAAGACAUGGACUUUAAAUAUUUUUUUGUAAAAAAGGAAAAAUAAAUUUCCAAUUUUGUCAUAUUGAAUAGGUGAAGGGUCACAGGUUAAAAGGGUUAUCAUGUUUAUAUGCCUUUUGUAAGAAGGAAGUGGUUGCUUAACUACUAAUGUGCCAUAUUUUACUUGAGGAAGUGGCUUUUUAAAUGGAUUAAAAGAAAAAUCUGAAUAAAAUACAUGUUAAUCCAUUGACACUGUGAGAGUGUCAAUGUACUCUGGUUUUGAUUUACUAGUUUUGCAUAUAGAUGGCUUCAGAAGUGCUCUGCCACCAAGAAAUAUAAUUAUUGACUAAGUACUUGUGAAGCCAUAUAUAUAUGUAAACAAAAUGAAAUAUGUACUCACAUUGUCCACAGUUAAAGGUCUUAUGCUAUUCAUGGUAUGUACCUCUAAGGAAACUUCAAAGACUAAUUCUGCCUUAAAUUAUAUGUAUUGUUGAUUUCAAAUUAUAUUUCAUAUAUAAGAGAUGAAGCUAUUGUACUUUCUUUUUCUUGUGGUACAGGUCAGGUACCUUUAAAUUCACAUAUACCCUAAAAACACCCAAAAAGUAUGUGUGAAAAAAGGAAAUUGUGAGGAAAUGGGAGUCAGAUUUGCAGUAACAGUUCAUUGAAAAUCAGUCAUUGUGUCCUAUUACUGAGUACUCUUUGCAUUUCAGUAGCCAAGCUAUGCAUGCCUAAGAUAUAAGCAAUUCAGUGUUGCAUCUCGUUCUCCCUAGGAAGGGCUAGAAUACCUGCUCACUUGGUGACUGCCAUGGCCCCCAGCCAUGCAUGCUGCCCCUUGAACUUAAGUGGUCAUCUUCGCUCUGAGAGUGGAUAUAUCAUGAAAGGGAGAUCUAGAUGCACAAUGAAAUCAGCUUAAUUAUUGAAACAAGCUUUUUCACUAAACGUUGAACAAUGCAGAAGCAACUUUUGAAGGAAAUUUAAGGUGUUGGUUACCACUUAGUUCUCCUCAGUAUUAAAAUAAUAAUAAAUUCAGUAAAUGAAAAAAAAAAAAAAAAAUAAUUCUAGAAAGAAAUUAGAAUGAUCCUAAUUGGCUGUGAACAUUAGGUUAUGAUUUACCAAAGUUAGUAAACUUAAUAAGUAACAGGAGGAAAAGGUAAGAAAAGUUGCUCAUUCCAAGCCUGGAAGGGGUGCUACUCAUAUUUAUUAAUUUUGUUGUGUUACAGCUUUGUAGUCUGAGAGAGGAAGCUUACAGCUUUUAUGUAUAAACAGAAGGUCCUUCUUACCCUUAUUAUGUGAUUUUAUGGCAGUGUUACCUUUUUCAUCGUCAUUUUUUUCUAAUAUCUAUCUUUUAAAAUAUAUUAUUUGGGUUUUAACAAGCUUUGUAUACCUGUGAAUGUCAUUGAGUUUUAUGUGGAAAACUUGUGAAAGGAGAAAGAAGAUUUUAACUUUUAGGAGAAGUCAGUAAAAGAUGGUUUCUUUUACAGUUUUAGUUUAUUAUGCAUUUAUUUUCCAAAUCAUUAUGAUCAAGAAGAAAUCAACCACGGUGUAAAGCAACAGUCAGAUUCACGAUAAAUGUAGGUAGCAUUUUCAUCCAACAUGUUUCCAUGAUGUAUCAAAGGUACACAUUUCUGGAUAAAGUGAAUGUAUUUUGUGCUUCACCUCUCAUUAUAAAGUGUUAGGUCUGCAUAUGCCUUUUGUAUAUUUCUUAGUUAUAGAAUUACAUCUAUGCAACAUUUUCAUAAAAGAUGCAUCAUUUUGUUUCAGAACAAGGGAAAGUAAGCAUUAAGUUAUGGCUUUAAUUUAGUAAUGAGAAAUAGUAAAAAAGAUACAUGGGAGCAGUAAAUAACCUGUAUAUAAUAAUUUCUAUGAUAUACUCUGCCAAAAUUUAUAAGUAUUUUAUAAAUUGUUUUACCUGAUACAUAGUCUGUUGCAUGGCAGGUAAAGUUAAUUUUAACCCUUUCAUGGAGAGCUGCCUCUGCUAUAUUGGAUAUAUCACUAAAUAUAUAACUGGGAACAUUAAUUAGAAAUAAGAAAUGAUUUUCAAAGGAAAGAUCAUAUUCAACCCAUUUCUAAACCUUACAAUGUAUAUAACUUUUUUUCCCUAUUUUAUGUUUAUAUUAACAUAAACAUUUGAUAGCACUUUUGCAUGCAACCCAUGGCAGGGUUAAGAGUAUUAUGGGAACAAUUAUCAUUUAAGUCCUGUAAAGUGCCAGAGCUGAGGAAUUUCAACUAGUUUUGUGGUAUGAGAGUUCCAGAAAAGCUGCAAAGGAGAAGUUUUGUAGAAAACUAGAGUUAAUUUUGUUAACAGGUUUAAUCUUAUGGAAAUAUGUUAGGCUAUAUUUUCUUGGAGGAUCUUCAGGUGAAAAGCCAUUUGUGACUUUUAUUGUUUUUGAAUUUUUGGAAGUGUGUGGUUUACUGUGUUACAACUGGAUGUAAAGAUAAUAGUGACUUUUCACUGCAAGGUGUUUUAAUAUGAAGAGAGAGGGAGUUAUGUUUUGAGAGAGAAGUAAAUAAACGAUAUAUAACAUUGGUA